GUCUGUCACUCGUCUGUCUGUGCUCUCCACUAUCCGUCGUCGCGGUGGUUUGCAGUGCGCACGCGGAAAGGUCAAUAGCUUGUAUUGUUGUGAUGACGCAAUCGGCCUACAACAAACUGAAAAUGGCAGCCGUGGACCAGGGGUUGUUCCUCAUCCAAGAAGUGAUUAUAACACUGAAACGAUGCGAAAGUAUUUUGGCAAUUAUUGGAUUGUUUUACGUCGGUAAAACAGCCGCAGUUGUGGGCCUCAAACUGCUGGAGGGCAUUCGUGUACACAUCCUGUCCCAUUUACGCUGGCAGGACUUCAGGAAGUACGGAGAGUGGGCCGUCGUGACUGGAGGCACUGACGGCAUUGGAAAGCAGUAUGCACGAGAGCUGGCCAGGAGGGGCCUCAACAUCAUCCUUGUUAGCCGUAACAUGGACAAACUCAAGACCACUGCUCAGGAACUUGAAGACGAGUUUCGCGUACGAACCUGCGUAAUUCAAGCAGACCUCAGCAAAGGCCGUGAGAUCUAUAACGAUAUCGGAAGGCAGCUUCAGGGGAAAGAGAUUGGUAUCCUCGUGAACAAUGCAGGAGUGAUGUACGACUCGCCGAGCUUGUUUCUCAAUGUUCCCGAGCAGAAAUUGGUGGAAAGUGUUAACAUCAACAUGAUGGCUGUGAUGAUGAUGACAUAUCUUAUUCUUCCACAAAUGGUGCAGAGGAAAAAAGGCAUUGUGGUAAACGUGUCGUCCAUAUCCGCCUUCUACCCACUUCCGCUCAUGGCGGUCUACUCUGCAUCCAAGGUGUUUGUCGACUGGUUCUCCAUGGCCCUAGACUACGAGUACAAGGACAAAGGAAUCAUUGUGCAGAGCCUCAUACCGUCCUAUAUCUCCACAAAACUAGUUCGCUUCAGCAAUUUCCUCAGCACGCCAAGCAUUGUGGUACCCGAUGCAGAAACGUUUGUGCGAAGCUCCCUGCACACGAUAGGUGUCUCCAAGCGCACCACUGGGUUCUGGUCUCAUGGUCUCCAGUACUGGAUGUAUGAACAUGUUCCCCAGUGGGCGUGGAACCUUACUUCGUGGAUGAUGUUCAAGGUCAUUGACAACACUCCGAAGCCAAAGUCUCACUGACAUUUCUCCUCGCUGCAUUCUUUUGUACUUGUGGUGGGUCACAACCCGCCCCUGUUUAAGGCAUCCAGUUAAUGGACAGAAAAAGAAAGAUUCAGCUUUGGAUUGCGUGACUUCCAAUGUGGUGUCGGGCUGUCUUUAGCAGUACCUGUACUACAGGUAUUUCCACUUGCUCAACUCUCAAGCAGCAGCACUUGUGCUGUUGCAAUAUUACAAUGAGGUGAAAGUGUAUUUACAGGCAGCAGGCAUUUUUUUUUACUUGUUCUUUCCCCCCCAUUGUUCUAUAUUUAUUGCACCGUACCCGAGAACCAUGUUUUAUGGUUGGAACAGUGCAACAAAGCACUGUAUUUGAGAAGCGACAGACGUGUGCUGUAUUUAAUAAUUGUAUUUAAUAAAUGUAUACCAUACUGA